AUGUACUGGUUCCAUAUAGUGCUUCUCGGUCACAGGGGAGGUGGCGGCGGUGGUUUCGGCGGAGGCCGCGGCGGAAGGGGCCCGCCGAUCGAUGCGUCCGUCACGGGCAAUCUCACAGGUCGCGUGGGCGCGUGGGUCUCCAACUGCACGGCGGACAUCGGCGCGACCCGCGGAAAGUUCCUGCUCGCGGUCUUUAAGGACGAAUCGUCGGGCACGCCCGUCUACAACCUCUAUUUCGACGCCGAUCUCGACGAAUACGACGGCACCGCUCCCGACACGAUCAGCAUCGUGCAGGGCGCCGCGUGCGACUCGACCGCCACCGCCGCUCUCUCCCUGCCGUCCACCGGCUGGGCCACCGAGACGCGCGGCGGUCGCGGCGGCUGGGGCGGCGGCGGCGGGUCGCACACGGAGCUGCGCGUGACGGGCACCGUGGAAGGAGCGGACGCGACGGUCGUCGAGGCGCUUCUCGCGGGCGUGCCGAACGCGACGGUGACGCAGAACGCGUUCACUAAGGUGAUUAACGGCGCGAGGCAGGGCUUCCAGAACGCUUUCGGCGGACGCCGCCGCGGGCGCGAGCUUGCGGGGAACAGCGCGGGGAAGCUGACGCAGCAGUUCCUGAAGCGCCAGCGCGCGCGCCUGGCGUGGAUGGGCGCCAAGACCAAGGCGCUGUUCGCGACGUUCAUCGGGACCACCGACACCACGACUGACUCGCCCUACGCGGUCAUUUUUACCGACAGCACGACCGGCAACUCCUGGAGCGCCGCGCUCACUGGGAACUUCGGCAAGUGUGGCGGUCGCGGGCGUGGUGGUCACGGGCCUGACGGUGACGGCGAUGGCCCUGGUGGCGCUGGUGGUGCUGGUGGCCGUGGUGGCCGUGGCGGCCGUGGUGGUGGCUAUUGA